CCUUGUACCACAUAGAUGUUGUGAUUCAAUCAACGGCCCUGACGCGUUUUUCAAAUUUCUCCGUGACUGGCGUAUUUCGUCGGUUGCGUUCGUUUCUCACUUCCCAACUGUUUAUGCUCGUCUUACCUCAGUUGACGUCGACCAUCAUAGAAAAGGUGCAGUAAUCCAGCUUGAAGUACUACCGACUGGUAUAAAAUACCUGGUUCGGACAGAGUUCUGUGCUGGUAGCGCAUAUAGCAGAACUCCGUGACUCACUUCCAGCCUAGUGACUCCACCUGGAUACGUGCACAUUAAAUGUUUUGUGAUUGAAUGGAAUUCAUGUGGAAUAAGGCUGAACGAUUUAAAUGGAUGAGCCUUUUCUUCAUUGGUGCACUUGGUCUUUAUGCCUCGCGUGCAAUUAUGCCGAUCGCUUCGGUAGAUAUUGCUUCAGAAAUGAAUUGGAAGCGUAGGGAAAUGAUAGUCUUUUCUCUUCUCUAGGGUUUCAUGAUGGGUGUCUUCUUUUGGGGUUAUGCUGUCACCCAGUAUCUCGGUGGUUAUUUAAGCGAUAUGUUUGGCGGAGAGGUUGUCAUUGCAAUCAGCUCACUUGGAUGGUCGUUACUAACUAUUUGUUUUGUAUGUCUGCCAAGUAUCAACUUUGGCAUUUAUAAUGUGUAUGGGUUUUUCAUCGUCACAAGAUUUUUCUUAGGAGUAUUUCAAGGAUUUUAUUAUCCAAGUUUAGCAAGUUUAAUGGCUAAUCGUGUACAAGUAGCCGAUAGAAAUUUCACUUUUGCUGUGAUCAGCGCUGGUGCACAUUUAGGUACCCUUUUAUGUGGAUCAUUAGGUUCCUACUUGGUGACUACAGAAGGUUGGAGGACUCCAUUCUGUUUGAUUGGAUUACUUUUUCUUGCAUGGUCUUUCAUCGUGUAUUGUGUUGCUAGCCGUAGUGCAUGGAAGUUACGCAGAUUGCAUUUAAUUCUUCCAAGAAUUUUAACAAAUACCUAUAUAGCUAGUAAAGAUGUAUUGUUAUCAAGUCAUGGACAACAUGAUUUAAAUGUUGAAGAGAAAUUGAUGCCUUCAGAAUCAAAAUUUGUGUAUAUAAAAUCAGAAAUUUUUCAGAAAAAUUUGGCAUCUAAAUCACAUACAGCACCUUUAAAUUGGUCCAUUCUACUAAGAAAUAAGCCAUUUUGGGUCAUGCUUUUGGCUAAUUUUGUACACAAUAAUACCUUUUAUAUCAUUCUCAACUGGUGUCCUACCUACUUUCAUGACAACUAUCCAGAUGCACGGAGUUGGGUUUUUAACAUGGUCCCGUGGUUUAUUAUCUUCCCGUCCACCUUGGCUGCUGGUGCAUUAGCGGAUCAUUGGAUAAAGGCUGGUGUAUCUGUGACUUUAGUGAGAAAGAUAAUCACCACAGUUGUACUAUUGGGAUCAUCGUUAUUCCUUUUUAUUCUCGCAUCAUUGGAUAAUUAUUAUGGAUCACUGAUGUGUAUGGCAUUUGCAUUAGCUUGCUUAGGUUUUCACUGUAGUGGUGUACUUUUAAAUCCUCAGGAUAUGGCGCCAAAUCAUGGUGGUCAGCUAUACGGAAUAAUGGCUACUGUGGGUACUUUUCCAGGAUUCGCUGGCGUCUAUAUGGUCGGCUAUCUACUGGAGACUACAAAUCAAUGGUCUGUGAUAUUUAUCCUUACUGGCAUGAUCAGUAUAGGCGGCUGGAUCGGAUAUAUUUUGUACGGAUCAUCGGAGGUGAUCUUAUAAGAAUUAUUAUUAUUAUUAUUGUCAGUCACUGACCUUCUUUCUUCCUUUGCUUGCUAUGCACUACUCAUGUACACACUACCACUGAAACUGUAUUUUCUUUUUCACUUAUAUAUAUAUAUAUAUAUAUAU